AAAUGGUCGAUUUUCCUGUUUGCCGUUCUCUAUUCGUGGAUUGUGUGAUAAUUUUGUCCCAAAUCACGUCUUGUUUUAAUUCGCACUGUUUUUUAUUAUAAGUUCUUAUUAUUUUUGUAUAAGUGUUUACAGUUUAUAGAAUUUCUAAAUAAAAUCCUAUUAAUUAUUACAUAAAACGACUUGGGUGGUACAUUUGCGUUUAGACGGGAGCCAUCUUGCAAUCUCUAAUCAAAGGUCCUUGGUUCACAGUUUCGUUGUCUAGUUGAAACUCGAUUUAUUCCAUCAUAAAGUAAUCAAAUGGCGUUAAAACGAAUUAAUAGGGAAUUACAAGACCUCGGCAGAGAUCCCCCAGCACAAUGUUCUGCAGGUCCACACGGUGAAGACCUUUUCCAUUGGCAAGCCACAAUUAUGGGUCCAGUUGACAGUCCCUAUCAAGGAGGCGUAUUCUUCUUGACUAUACAUUUUCCUACAGACUAUCCAUUCAAACCACCAAAAGUUGCAUUCACAACACGUAUUUAUCAUCCCAACAUAAACAGUAAUGGUUCCAUUUGCCUUGACAUUCUGCGUGCACAGUGGUCACCAGCAUUAACCAUAUCCAAAGUGUUGCUCUCAAUCUGCUCGCUGCUAUGUGAUCCAAACCCAGAUGAUCCUUUGGUACCAGAAAUUGCUAGGAUCUAUAAAACUGACAGAGAAAAGUACAAUGAACUAGCCCGUGAGUGGACAAGGAAGUAUGCCAUGUGAUGAGUCAGUUGUGACAUCAGCAAAACAUACACACACAUCGCCACAGCCCGGGCUCUAACCCUUCCCCUGUUCCUGCUCACCAAUUAUCUGAUAUCCCUCAUUAAUGACCCAAAUUAACUGGAAAUUGUGUAAAUUAUUCAUUGACAUUUAAGAUCAAUCUAAUUUAUGCCGUUUAUUAUGAUUCUAAUCUGCAAAAUGUUGCAUCUAAGUAAACACAAUACAUGUGCAUAGUUUCUGUUUUUAUUCUGAUAAGAAACUUUCUGUAAGAGCAAAAUUAUUUUUUGUUAAACCUUGAUGUGUCCGUAGAUGUCUUUCACUUGUUUAGUUGAGGGUUAGUUAAAUUUACAUUUGAAUUUAUGUAUUUCCUAAAGAAUUUGUACUUUAACUAGAUCUAAAUUACAUUGUGAAACUGUACAAUAGUCAUAUGUUUAGGAAAUGGAGCGUUCUUGCUUACUACUUGUCUGGUCUCUUAAGAAUUUUCUUGAUGAAAUGUAAGUAAAGCUCAUAAGUGUUAAGAACAUUUUGGGUAAAUGUAAGUAAGUGGUAACAAAAUGAGCUCGUUGACAGGAGUCGAGUGAGUGUUAAUUUUUUUUACUAGAAAACAUCUUUUUAAGUUAGUGAAUGUAGCGUGCUACAAAGCAGGCUGACAUCAAUUGAACCAGUCAGCUUUCUUUCAUCCACAAUAUUUUAUAAUGAUUGAAAACGCUCCAAUAGUUACAACUUCAGUAUAAAUUACAGUGUAUCUCAUAAGAUGAUAAGUUACGAUUAAUCUAGAUUUUUUUCAAUAUGGCGAUCUUUAUAUUAUAAUUUUAUCUAAUAUAUAUUGUGGUUGUAAGG